AUGCUGCCCAGUCCGACCCAUCAGCAACACCCCGCCUCCGCACCCUCCUGCUCUCCCUCCCCCCAUGCCUCCCACAUCCCUCCCAUCACGCCGCCUCUUCCCCAGUCCUCGACGCUUGUCGACCCUGCCUCGUCGUUUGUCAGUCUGGACAACCCGGCGCUCGAUGACGAAGCGCAAUUCAACUUCGAGUAUCUCCGAAACACACUCCUCCAGUUCCUCGAACACAAAGAAAUGCGCGGACGUCCUCUUCCUCUCUCUCUCCACAGAUGCCGUCUUUUGGAAAGGGGCCCUUACUUUUUUUUUUCGACGGCGGUGGCGAUCGCAGCCCCAUUGGUGAAAGUCUUGGGCGUCAUCUUGCACUUCACUCCUCAAGAAAUUCAACUCAAUGCAACGAGGAAUACUAAUUAA